CCCGCCGCCCGCCGCAGCCUGCAGCCGGCAGCCGCCUCCGCCCGGCGCGAUAGCAACGCGGCCUCCGUCCACCGCCUCAGGUGGUCUUCGUCAGACAAAGGGGGGCGAGAAAUGCCGCUCGUUGUACGGUUGAAGUGGCGGGAGUCGAGCACGGCGAGCCAGCUGAGCGCCAGGAGGGACAUGAGCGGCGGCGGCGGCACCGGGAUGGCCGGCGGGAAGAUGGGGAACAGAAGGGAGGACGCCAGAGGUAAAGGAGGGGCCAGGUUCAGUGGCCGGGGCAAUGGGGAGGAGAGAGAAGAGCGCGGUGGGCGCGGGCGCGGAGGGGGUACGGAGCAGAAGAGGUUUGACAGCAGGAAGAGGAAGGGUGAUCAUGGCUCAGGGUACGGCGAUUACAAUGAUGCGUCGUCGUUUUCUAAACCAAGGAUGGACAGAAAGAACCCUUCCGACGUAACCCGCGGGAAGUUUUCUUCUCGAGGAGGCGACGGAUUUAAGCCCCGGAGAUCCGAAGAGGGUGAAUUCCGGCCGAUGAGAAGGAGUAGCAGCAAUGGUUCUGGUAUGGGCAGAGGGGGUGGUGAUAGGUUCAAGCCUCGAAGUAUGGAAGAUGAUGGCUUUCGUUCAGUGAGAAGGGAUGGCAGCAAAGGUUCUGGUAUGGGCAGAGGGGAAGGCGGUAGGUUCAAGCCUCGAAGUACGGGAGAUGACGGCUUUUGUUCAAUGAGAAGGGAUAGCAGCAAGGCCUCUGGUGGAAGUAAAGGGGACAAGGGUCGAUCAAUGGUGUGUAUGAAUUCGCAGGCCUCCAAGUGGAAGAAAUUUGACAAAGACAUCAGAGUUGAUCGUCGAAAUGGUGGCGCCACAAAUGCCGAUUUCGAUGAGCAUGAUGAGGGAAGCAGGAAGUCUGAUGAUUCACGCCAGAAUACUGAAGAGAAGCCCCGUGCUCGUCCCACUCGGGUGCUGGACAAGACUGGGAAGAAACUCAGGGUCUAUAAGAAGGAUUCAGUUUCAGACUCUGAGGAAAUUGCUCCUCCAAAGAAGAGAAAGAGAAUGAAACUAGAUCCUUAUGACACAUCAAACAAACGAAUUGAGGACGCAACUCCCAAACAAGAUGUUCGCAUACCCGAGAAGAUUCCAGAAAAGAGCAUACCUGAACCUGAAGAGACUGAAAUGUCCAUAAAUGCUAAAUUUCGUGACAUACAGCCAAGUUCUUCAAUCCUUUCAUAUGUUGAAGAUAAUCUACUUGGUCGUAGGCGUCUAAUUGACAUAAAAAAUGCUGGCUACAAUACCAAGCUUUCUGCUCCUCUGGAUAAUGUCCCCUUCUCAACCAGAAUUGAACGUGACCGGAUAGAAGACAGUGUGUUCAGAAAUAAGUUGGACUUUUUUGCCGCUGCAAAGAUCCCAUCAUCUUUCCCUCCUCCUACAAUUCCGGAGAUAGCAUUUGCAGGGGUAUCAAAUGUUGGGAAAUCCUCACUACUCAAUGCACUUACAAGACAGUGGGGUAUUGUGCGAACAUCAGAUAAGCCAGGACUUACUCAAAGUAUAAAUUUCUUCAAGCUUGCAUCAAAGUUAUGUCUUGUUGAUUUGCCUGGAUAUGGUUUUGCUUAUGCAAAGGAUGAAGUUAAAGAAUCUUGGCAGGAGCUUGUGAAGGAGUAUGUUUCAAACAGGGUUGGCCUAGAUAGAGUGUGCCUUCUUGUGCACACUAAACGUGGAAUGAAACCAUUGGACUACGAGCUUAUAGAUCUAAUGGAAAGAUACAAGACACCGUACCAGAUUGUAUUAACCAAGACCGAUUUGGUAUUCCCUAUAGACGUUGCUCGCCGUGCCAUGGAAAUCCAAGAGAGCCUGAAGAAGAACAAGUCGGUCGUAAAGCCUGUGAUGAUGGUGAGCUCGAAGACGGGAGCCGGCAUACGCAACCUGAGAGGUGUGCUUGGGAAGCUAGCUCGCUUCAUCAAACCGUAGGGAGGCGGUGACUUAUCCUGGAGUGCAUGAUUUAGGGAAAGAUAAAUGGCUAAGCGCUUUGGCUUUUAGGCCUUGAGGUCCUUCCUUGUUAUGAUAGGAUACGAUGCCAUGUUGUAUCCAAGAUUUGGAUUACCCAACCAUUUUUCCUGUCUGAGGGAGGAGGUUCUAUCAUUUAGAGGCCACUACAAGUAUCAUGUCUUAAUAAACUAGGAGUACUUAAUACACUGAUUGAGGGCAGUGAGUACACAUUUUUUCGUGGA